AUGUACUUUCCUUCGUUUAUCAUCAACAGACGUUGUGAGGUGAGGUCGUUUUUACAGGAAGGAGAUGAAGCAGAUAUUGAUGUCGCCGUUGCGGCAGCACGCAAAGCAUUUGCAAGGAACAGCGAGUGGCGACAAAUGGAUGCCUCAGCGCGAGGCAGGCUGUUGUGGAAACUGGCUGAUCUCAUACAAGAUAAUUUCACCGAACUUUCGUCUCUCGAAUGUCUUGAUGUGGGAAAGCCGUUCUCUCAGGCACAAAGUGAUAUAAAUACUGCAAUUCAGUCGCUUCGUUACUUCGCUGGUUUCGCUGACAAAGUGUGUGGAAAGUCGAUACCAGUCGAUGGUAACUACUUGUGUUUUACACGCUGCGAACCAGUCGGCGUCUGCGGUGCCAUUUUACCGUGGAAUUUUCCGUUGGCUCUUCUUUGCGGAAAAGUGGGACCAGCUCUUGCUGUGGGAUGUACCGUUGUCAUCAAACCGGCUGAGCAAACACCCCUGUCGUCGCUGCACUUUGGGUCUCUGGUUGCUGAAGCUGGAUUUCCACCGGGUGUCGUCAACAUUGUUCCAGGCUUUGGGGCCACUGCAGGAGCGGCACUGACCAGACAUCCGCAUGUGGAUCUAAUAUCGUUCACCGGAAGCACGGAAGUGGGCAAGCUGAUCAUGAAAGGAUCUGGCGAUUCUAACUUGAAGAAAGUAACUCUAGAACUUGGAGGAAAGAGUCCCAAUGUGGUGUUUGCGGAUGCUGACCUGGAUUAUGCGGUAGCGAUGUCAGAUUUUGGGCUGUUCUACAACAUGGGCCAGUGUUGCACUGCUGCCUCUCGCUGCUUUGUUCAGGAGGAGAUCUAUGACCAGUUCGUUGCGAAGGCCGUUGAAAGAGCGAAGAAAAAAGUCGUUGGCUGUCCGUUUGACGACAACAUCGACAAUGGGCCUCAAGUCGACAACGAACAGUUCAAGAAGAUAUUGAACUUAAUCGAAAGUGGCAAGAAAGAGGGGGCACGCUUGAUGUGCGGCGGACGCAGAGUGGGUGACAAAGGUUAUUUCGUCGAACCGACGGUUUUCGCAGAUGUCACCGAUGACAUGCGCAUAGCUCGAGAAGAAAUUUUUGGUCCUGUUCAACAGAUUUUGAAAUUCAAAACCAUGGAUGAGGUUAUUGCCCGUGCAAACGAAACUACAUAUGGUCUCGCGGCUUCCAUCUUUACCAAGGACAUCGAUAAAGCCCUGGAGUAUGCUAGCAGUGUCAAUGCUGGGACUGUCUGGGUAAACUGCUACCACGUUGUGAAGCCGCAGGCUCCAUUUGGCGGUUUCAAGCAAUCCGGACUUGGAAGGGAACAUGGCUUCGAAGGGAUAUCCGAAUAUUGCGAAAUAAAGACGGUGAUUAUAAAACUAAAUAAUGCAAAAUAUAUACCUUAA